UCGCGCUCUGUUUGCGGCGAACAUAAAACAACCGCCCGAGCUUUCCGUUUCAGCGGGAUUUGUUGUUAUUAUCCUGUUAUAUCUGUAUUUAUGAGGCGCGCGAUGUUAUAACAUGGCGGACACGGUGUGCUGAAACACACACACACACACACACACACACGGCCCUGGGCUGCGGGGUGAUGUUUUCACUGAGAGUUGCUGGGAAGCGCACGCGCAGCAGCAGUGUAACGGGAUAAAGAGCGCGCGCUGCUGAACACGGCUCGGACUCAGAAAUGGCCGGAGUGUGUAACGGCUCCACAUCUGGACCGGGUGACAUCAUCCAGCUGAACGUCGGGGGAACGCGAUUUAGCACCUCCAGACAGACUCUUAUGUGGAUUCCAGACUCUUUCUUCUCAAGUUUACUCAGUGGGAGAAUAUCAACACUAAGGGAUGAAACUGGAGCUAUAUUUAUCGACAGGGACCCAACUGCAUUUGUGCCCAUUUUAAACUUCCUCCGUACUAAAGAGUUAGAUCUAAGAGGGGUCAGCAUAAGCGUUCUGCGCCACGAAGCGGAGUUUUAUGGGAUUACACCUUUAGUUCGACGGUUGCUGCUGUGUGAGGAACUCGAGAGAUCAUCAUGUGGAAGUGUGCUUUUUCAUGGCUACCUUCCUCCACCAGCGAUUCCAGCUCGCAAAGCAGCCAGUGGGCAGAGUGCAGCUGCUGGAGUCCAGGAGGAGAACCCAGGCCCUGGUGGAGCCGAAGGGAGUUUCUCUCGCUCCUGCUCUCACACGGCGCUGCCUGGGCCCAAUGGAGUGGAGGGAGCCACCAGGCUUUCUGGGUCAGCGGUUGAUCCCAGGAAGGUGCUCAUUGUUGCUGGUCAUCAUAACUGGAUAGUAGCUGCCUACGCUCAUUUCGUCAUUUGCUACAGGAUAAAGGAAUCCUCAGGGUGGCAGCAGGUGUUCUCCAGCCCUUACCUGGACUGGGCCAUCGAGCGUGUCGCACUAAAUGCGAAGGUUGUCGGUGGUCCCCAUGGCGACAAAGACAAGAUGGUUGCGGUGUCAUCAGAGAGCAGGAUCAUCUUGUGGAGUAUCCAGGAUGGGGGAAGUGGCAAUGAGAUAGGUGUGUUCAGUCUCGGCGUGCCUGUCGAUUCUCUUUUCUUCAUUGGGAGUCAGCUGGUUGCCACCAGCCACACCGGGAAGGUUGGUGUGUGGAACGCAGUGACGCAGCACUGGCAAGUGCAGGAUGUUGUGCCCAUCACCAGCUGUGACACUGCUGGAUCCUUUCUCCUUCUGGGAUGUAAUAACGGCUCCAUUUACUACAUUGACAUGCAGAAGUUCCCACUGAGAAUGAAGGACAAUGAUCUCCUGGUGACGGAGCUCUACCAUGAUCCCUCGAAUGAUGCCAUCACAGCCCUCAGUGUCUACUUGACACCUAAAACCAGUGUGAGUGGAAACUGGAUCGAGAUUGCGUAUGGGACGAGUUCAGGCGCAGUGCGUGUGAUAGUGCAGCAUCCAGAGACGGUUGGAUCCGGACCUCAGCUGUUCCAGACGUUCACAGUCCACCGCAGCCCCGUCACGAAGAUCAUGCUGUCUGAGAAACAUCUUGUGUCAGUGUGUGCCGACAAUAACCAUGUCAGGACAUGGACAGUGACUCGCUUUAGAGGCAUGAUCUCCACUCAGCCUGGAUCCACACCACUGGCUUCCUUCAAGAUCAUCUCGCUGGAGGAGACCGAGAGCCACAGCAGCUACUCCUCCGGCAACGACAUAGGCCCGUUUGGAGAGCGAGACGACCAACAAGUCUUCAUUCAGAAAGUCAUUCCUAUAACCAACAAACUCUUUGUGCGUCUCUCCUCCACUGGGAAGAGGAUCUGUGAGGUUCAGGCAGUGGACGGCACCACCAUCACGUGUUUCACGGUGCGCGAGUGUGAAGGCUCCAGUCGUAUGGGCUCCCGGCCACGGCGUUACCUCUUCACUGGCCAUGCGAACGGCAGCAUCCAGAUGUGGGAUCUAACCACAGCCAUGGACACGGCCAACAAGAACGACGGCAAAAGCAAACGUGACGUUGAAGUGGGCGGGCCGACAGAGGAGGAGCUUCUAAAGCUGCUUGAUCAGUGUGAUCUGAGUACAUCACGCUGUGCCACACCCAACAUUAGUCCCGCCCCUUCAGUGCUGCACCACAGCCGACUCCGAGAGUCCUGCUCCAGUCUCCAGCUGCAGGCCCAAGAGCUCUUGGCUGAGAGCGCCACAUACGGCGCCGUGCGUCCAUACCGAGAGAGCCCGCUGCUGGCUCGCGCCCGGCGCACCGAGAGCUUCAGUAGCUAUCCAGACUUCCACACGUUCAACCUGGCCAAAGUCCUGAGGGAGCACGGCGGGCACUGCAGCGGCACCGACGACGACAGCAACGGAGACACCGCAGACAAGAGGAGCUCUGAGAGUCCAGCGAGCACUGCAGACAGCCCCAGAGACCCUCGCUGCAGGGCGCACUCCUCUGACGAAGGGACCGCGGAGAGUAGGAGGAGAGGAGCGCUCGACGGGAACUUCCUGGGACGGAAGAGGGCACCUCCUGUCCCUCAGCUGAGCUCUGCAGGGUCUGUAGGGAGUGAGGCAGGAGGCAGCGACUCCUCUAGCACUGCCUCGCCCUCUCCCACUAAAGCGUCCACUUCCCCACGGCACCGCAGGGGCCUGGACAUGAGUGAGUGAUGCUCGUGUGUGUGUGUGCGCGUGUGCGCGUGUGUGUAUAUAUGUACUAAAAUACAUACUGAAGCAGUAUUACCAUAUCCAUAACCAUGAAGGAGUGUCUCUGCUGAGAAAAGCGUCGACGGAGAUGCAGGUCUAAAGCAGCAGGUUAGUGAAUGAAUAUUUAA